UAUCYGCGCCAGCUUACCUGCGGAGGAGAAGAAGGUCCGCUCCCAUCGACGCUCCGCUCCGCUCCGCUGCGGUUAAACGUCCCUGAAAGCGGUCAUUUCCUCCGCUGGAGCCGCCGCCAUGUCCCUCACCGCCAUCAGCAGCYCGCCCUCCGGCGGCAGGUCCUCCGGGGACGGCGGCCUCAACCUGGGAUACAGCCGGACUAUCCCGGGACUGCUGAAGAUCGGCCAGCUGCUGUCGCUGCUCGUCGCCUUCCUGUGUGUCCGGCUGGCCCGCGGCUGGCCCAGCUGGUACGCCUUCCAGUUCUUCGAGGUGGUGCUGCUCUGGUUCCUGGUGGCCUUCCUCAUCUUCUUCCUCAUGCACCUGUGCAGGCUGCAGGUGAAGAUGCCCUGCAUCAACUGGCCGCUGGCGGAGUUCUUCCACUACUCUGUCGGCUCCGUCCUGAUCUUCAUCGCCUCCGUCAUCGCUGYKGUGAAAUGUGGCGCCGUUUCCUCCCUGGUGGUGGCGUCGGUCUUCGGGUUGAUCGCGACGUUCCUGAUGGUCGUCAAUCUGUGGACGUCGUACAGCGUCGCCUGCGGCCCGGCAGCCGGUGAACAGGAGUGAAAAUGGCCGACGGCUGCUUCCAGCUCCACUUUUCUGCCCGGCAACAACCCGCUCAUCGAACCUGAUUGGAUAAAAACAGAACCUGGACCAAAACCGGCGAGCGGACCGGAUCAGACGGACCGGAUCAUUUUACUUGAGUUCAGUCCGGUCCUGCAGCUGAUCCGCGUCGCGUUUUCUGUUUCAGCUCCAUGUUUCCAUAAAAACCUCCCAGUUUGGACCUCAGGAUGGCGCUUUUCAGGCUGCUGGACAGCAGUGUGCAGCAAAUCAUGACUUCAAACCAAAUUAAGAAGCAAACCGAUGAGUAAAUCUAAAGGAUUUCUGUUUCUCUUGGUAAUUUUCCCGAAUCGUUCCGUUGACCUUCGUCACGUUUUGUGUCGAUUUUUGGUGCUUUUAACUGAAUUAACGUAAAAAACGGCGAACAGAACCAAAGGCAACAGAACCAAAGGCAGCAGAACCGGCAGCAGAACCGGCAGCAGAACCGGCAGCCUGUUCAUGUAGAGGAUCACAUGGAAAUCUCUGCACCGAUGAAUCAUUUAUAACAAGCACACACGUAUCUACAACACAGCUGAAAUGUUCCAAAGCACCAAACGGGUCAGAAACUCGACGAAGCACAGAGGAGAGAAAACGCCGACAUGUGCAGAAAUAAAAUCCUGCAUGUUUGUUCUAAAAGCUGAAGCGGAUUUAAAGAUGCUGAAGCACAAACUGACGGUUCUGCAUGUUUUUAUUCGUCUGUGGUUUCCACAGUCAGCACUGAUGCACGACCCAAACCCGGAUUCUGCUCCAUCAGAAACACUAAAUACUAGAACAACUGGAGAAAUGAUUUUAAAUGAUUUUACUUUGGGCUGAAAAACUUGAUAAAUCGCCUCAUCAAACAAACAAACAGUUUUCCUUUCAUCAAACAUUAUUCUUUAAUAUUCUAAUUAUUAAAUAAAUUAUGUAAAAAUUGUCCUCUAAGAAACAGAAAUGGCCUUAAAUAAAAAUCUAAUUAUUUCACCUAA